GUUGUCGUAGAACGCGACGGCGCAGAUCUGACUGCGGUGGUUGGAACGGCGUCUUCCAUCUUGCUAAUCGAAAGUUUGAAAGAAGUGCUCUGAUGAAAUACUGUAUAAGCUACGGAAAGAGUUGCUACUCUUUUUGGUUCCUCCCUAUGCCUUGGGAUAUUUCUAAGCUACACAGAAAGCAUCAUAGCAGGAAGAAGAAGAAGGCUUGGAAGCGGGAAAAGUCCCUGCAGCUCUGCACCACAAAUGAAACUGCUGAUCAGUACUAUUGGACAUUGCCAAAGAAGACCAUCAAGAACAAGAAUCGUCAUGAUAAGAGCACUAUUGAUAAGGUCACUCGCCACAACAGAUUC